CCCAGCGAAUCCACGCGAGACUUUGAAGCGACUUGUGACCCAGCAGCCGUUGCGGUUCCUCUUUCCGCCCGAAGCCUGAGAAUGGGUAUAUCCCGGAAUAAUUGGCACAAGCGCCGCAAGACUGGAGGUAAAAGGAAGCCAUAUCAUAAAAAGAGAAAAUAUGAACUUGGACGUCCUCCUGCAAAUACCAAGAUUGGACCACGUCGUAUCCACACAGUGAGAGUCCGUGGUGGAAAUAAAAAGUAUCGGGCUUUGAGGUUGGAUGCAGGAAACUACUCCUGGGGUUCUGAAUGUUGUACACGGAAGACCAGGAUCAUUGAUGUAGUCUACAAUGCUUCCAACAAUGAAUUGGUCAGGACAAAGACAUUAGUAAAGAACUGUAUUGUUCAGAUUGAUAGCACUCCUUUCAGGCAGUGGUAUGAAUCUCACUUUGCCCUUCCACUUGGUCGGAAGAAGGGUGCCAAAUUGACACCUGAAGAGGAAGAAAUUCUGAACAAGAAAAGGUCAAAGAAAAUUCAGAAGAAAUAUGAAGAGCGAAGAAAGAAUGCAAAAAUCAGUUCACUGCUAGAAGAACAAUUCCAGCAAGGGAAAUUGCUUGCUUGCAUAUCUUCAAGACCUGGUCAGUGUGGAAGAGCUGAUGGCUACGUCCUUGAAGGAAAGGAGCUGGAAUUCUACCUGAGGAAAAUCAAAGCCAAGAAGGGCAAAUAAGCUUUAUUCCUGUAGAAAAUGUAUUAAUAAAACAUUUUUCAACCAA